UUCUCGGCAAGUGCAGCCGUGACAUCACCGACACAUCCUUCGAGCUGGAGCUUGGUUCCAUCACGGUAUACAACGGAAGCCAAGGUUGAGAGCUGGGCAUCAUAAAGAAGACCACGAUCUCACAGUCUACAUGCUCCGCACGCUGCGCUCCGCGCGCUAUUUGUCAUCAGCCUCCGCUACGCGCGCCUUCUCUACAGAAGCUUCAGCCAUGGCGCCUUUGCGGAUAGGCUUUGUACCCGAGCACUUUUCAACUCCUCUCGAGUUCGCCAAGAAGCACUAUGGGCUCGAUUCGCAGCUGCUACCGUUCCCCUCUGGAACCGGGCAUAUGGUGACCGCCCUCCAGAACAAUGAGAUCGACGUAGGUGUUGGUCUUACAGAAGGAUGGAUCGCUGCCAUUGGCAAAGCACAAGCUUCGAAAAGAGACCCCGGGUUCCGUAUUGUGGGCACCUAUGUUGAGACGCCUCUGUGCUGGGCGAUAUCCAGCGGCACACGGCGAGAAGACAUCAAGAGCAUCGAGGAUCUGAAGAGCAAGAAAGUGGGGGUGAGCAGGAUAGGCAGUGGGAGUUAUGUCAUGAGUUUUGUGCUGGCGGAUCAGCAGGGCUGGCUGACAAAGGGCGAGACCCCGUUUCCAGUUGAGGUGCUGAAUACAUUUUCGAAUCUCAGGGACGGCGUGAAUGACAAGACAGCCGACUUCUUCAUGUGGGAGCAUUUCACGUCAAAGCGAUACUACGACAACGGUGCCAUCAAGCGCGUCGGCGAGAUCUACACACCCUGGUCCAGCUGGAAGAUCGUCGCCGCCAACGCAUUGCUGAAUCCGGAGAACUGGAGUCACGGUGCGAACGCAACUGCAUCCCCACUCAAGCAAGAGCUAGAUGAUGCUCUGGAAAAGAUCAACAAGGGGGUCAAGCACUUUGAGGAGAACCAGGAAGAAGCCGUGCGGUACAUCAGCACGAAGCUAGAUUACUCUGAAGAAGACGCCCGAGAAUGGCUGAAGACGGUACGGUUCUCGAGAGACGUUCGAGGCGUUGAUCAAACGGUUGUCGACAAAACUGUCAAUAUUCUACAGAAGGCAGGCGUACUGGACGAGAACGUUGAUCCACCGAGGAUGAUUGCACUUGCACGACAAUGAACUCUUGUUCUAUAUAGGUCUAUUAGAUUUCAUUCUAUGAACUCCAUAAGGCCUAGAGUCUAAUGACUUCUAGAUUCAGUUUUAUACUUGACGUUUAUGGAUGUAGUUGUCAGUGCCAGUUAGGGCUGCAAC